CUUCUAUCGCGUUCAUGUUAUUUGGAAGCAAUCAAUCAAUCAAUCAAAGUUGUGACUUGUCACAGCCGGAAAAGAAAACAAGACAGCUACGAAAACAAUUCACCUUUUUUGAAGCUGUCGUAAAAUAAAAUUGAUGUUUUUUGAUUUAAUUGAAUCUCGUGUUUGCCGUCAUGAACUCAAAGUCGUUGACUCGUCUUGCUUUUCAUGGAUUUGUGACUGUGAUGUACUUUUGUGCCUUAGUUCGUUAUGAAUACUUGCCUCCCAUGCCCCACAAGAGGAGUCAUGAGCACUAUGCUGGCCGCUGGAAAUACUUGACGUACUGGAACUUGAUAGCACAGUUCAUCUUUUUCGCUCUAUCUUCCAUUAUUGAUGUCAUGAAAUCAUCUUCCAGCAGUUAUCACAAAUUAACUAGGUUUCGGGAUAAAAUGUAUGCUGGGAUUGCUAUGCCAUAUGCAGUGUAUGUGUUUGCUGUGUUCUGGAUUUUGUAUUUUGUGGAUAGAGAAUUGAUUUUCCCUAAAGUUUUGGAUGCAGUUUUUCCAGCAUGGCUGAAUCAUGUUUCUCACACUGUGAUCCUUCCUGUUUUAUUCAUGGAAACAUAUCUUGUCCGACAUUGUCAUCCACCCAGGAAAUUGGGGGUUACCAUUACGGCAUCGUUUGGGAUCCUUUACAUCACAUGGGUGUUAUAUUUGGCUUUGGUGAAGGAUAUCUGGCCUUACCCAAUUCUACAAAUAUUGAAUUGGGGACAGAGAGGUAUUUUCUUCGGUUGUGGCAUUGUAUUCCUUUAUAUUUUAUAUUUUCUGGGAGAGAAAGUAAAUGUUUCAUUUUGGGGUGAAGGUAUUGUUAAAAAAUCCAAGUAGAUCCCACUGCAUCAUUUGCGUUCUUGGUUGUGAAUACUUAUAUAGGUUACACAUCACACUCCAUAGACAUUGUGAGAAUGAAACAUCCAUACACCUCUCAUUUGUGCCAAACCAAUGUAGGAUUUUAGGCAGCAGGUGAACAUUCCAGCAAUUCAUAUUGCAUAGCAGCUUUUUAUUUAUGAUUCCAGAAACUUUUUUAAAAAAUUGUGUGAAAGAUUAGGUGUGUGUGCCUUUUAUCAUUGGAUUUUUUUUAUGGAGAUGAAAUAAGUGUAAUAAAUUGUUUUGAUAAAGA